AUGCUCGGCUUCAGAUCUGAUCCAGUGGGCCACAGGGAAACGAAGCUCAAAACCAACCUAAUUCCUGUUGCCUCUCAACCUCUCCGCAUCCCACUCAACUCCGCCUCCCAGGCAGACUUCGUCACAGCCUCCACAGUCAUUCUCUCGUCCACAGAGCCCUCCGGCCCUCCGCCUGCUCGCCUCGCUCCCGCCUUUCCAGUCCCCUCUCGCACAGUUCCAGAGUUUUCUGCUCCUCCUCGCCUGCCUCCUGAACCCCACCAUCCCCGGCCAGCCUCAGACUUCGCCUCUGCUGCUGCAUACGCUCCUCCUGCUCCCGCGGCGCCGUCGUUCCGUGCUGCUGUCCCUUCAGCUGCUCCCGAUCGUGUCCCGAACCAAUCUUCUAAAACUCACGCAUCCGAUUCAGCAGCAGCAGCAGCAGAAGCAGCAGCAGCAGGCGGAGCAGCAGUCGGAGGAGCAGCACGGGGAGGUUGGGGAGCAGGACGUGCAAAACCACCAGCCAGAGCCGAGCCAGAGACCCUCCUAGCCCCCCCUCGGCCUCUCUUCCCGCUCUCUCCCCCAGCCCAGCAGCAUACCCCAGAUUCGCCUCCCCCAGUCAAGCCUAAGGCGCAACAACUAGCCAAGAAGCUGUUUGCCACUCCAUUCGCGUCGUCACCUGAAGGCUAUUCCACUGAGAGUGAUGUUCGCUGCUCCACAGGGACAGAUGUGACAGGGGCGCUGAACUGGGGGGGAUGGGGACAAGUGGGCGCGAGUGGCUUGGAGUGUGAGGGGGAAAGGUUCGGAGAGGGAGCAGCAGAAGCGGCAGCAGCAGCAGCGGCAGAAGCAGAAGCAGCAGCAGCGGCAGCAGCAGCAGCGGCAGGGGCGGCAGGACCACUCUCCCCUCGUUCACCUGCAAGCGCCAGCAGGAGCCCUGCUCCCUCCCAACCAUCACCUCAGUAUGCCCAAACCCCACCGCGUGAACCACUCUAUCCUCCUCCUUCCCCUGUCGGAGGCAGCAGGAGUCCUAUUUCCGCCGAGCCUUCACCACGGCCUGAAACUCGAUACGAACCCUGCUCGCCACCGCCUGAACCACUCUACCCUCCUCCCUCCCCUACAGGAGGCAACAGGAGCCCUGCUUCUUCCCACCGAUCUUCUGCUCCCCGAUCGGCAGCAGCUGCAGCUGCUCUGAGUGCCCUCGGUGCGGCUACUCUGGCAGCAGGAGGCCCUCCUCUUGCUGCUGGCACUCCUCCUGUAGAUGCACAGACCUACGCUCCCUAUUCCCAUGGCCCAUCACCACAUAGAUAUGGUUCGGAGAGUGUGACAAGUAGUGGAACAGGUGGGGGGCGUGAGUCGGCUGUUAAUAGCAGGGGUGGUGGCAGUGCUGGUGGGGUUUCUGUGGCCAGCAGCGGGCAUGGGUUUGGUAAUGCAGCAGGUGCUGAUGUGCAGAUGAGUGGCGGUGGGAGUGCUGCUGCUGCUUCUGCUGCGGCUUCUGCAGCUGUGGUUACUCCACCGGUCCCAACCCGGCUGGAUUUCCAGUCUCCUGUUGGGGAACCACGAAGCAAGAAGAGCGAGAGUGGGAGAGGCAGAGCCGAGGAGUCUGGAGGGAAGGGGAGCGUCCUGGGAUCUGCCUGGAGGUCUGGUGGAUCGAAUAAGAAGCUGCCACCUGGCACUGAUGGGGAGCGGUGGAAUGAUGACGAGGACGAUGAUGACGUGGCAUCGUCUGAUUCGUCCUCGUGUUCGGAUUCGUCUGAGAUGUCUUCCACGCUUGUGGCGGGCGGUGGCGAGGACUCGCCAGCUGGCACAAGAGAUGGAGACUCUGCCAGCUCAGCAAGGGGGCGGCUGAAGUGGCCUUUGCGCCAGCUGGCAUCGGGGCUGACAGCAGAGGAGCUUCAAGCAAGUGCCUAUGAGGUGCUGCUGCUUGCAGCAGCGGAAUCCGGGCUUGUGUCUGCACCAGCGCCUGGUGCCACCAGUGCAGCCAGCAGCGGCAGCAGCAAGAGCAAGCCCUGGCGGCCUGAAUCCCCCGUAGAGCCCAAGUCCAAGUCCCCAGGCGGCUUCAUGUCCCGCUUUGCCAAGAAGGUCGGGGUCAACGUGGGGCAGUUUAAGGGAGCCAAACCUGCUGCUGGCAUUGCUGCUGCUGGUGGUACUGGUGGCGGUGGCGGUGGUGGUGGUGGGGGUGGUGGAGAGAGGGGGAUUGGGGAUGGGAGUGGAGGGGAGGGAGGAGGAGGAGCCCUGUCCCCGGAGCUGGCUCGCAUGCGGCAGCAACUAGGGGUACCCGAGUCUCUCCAAGCUCUCGUCCUCUCAGCCCUCUUCCUCCCACCCCCAUCACACACCGUCGAAAUGCCAUCUCCCAUCAGCCCGCUCACCGGUGUAGCAGCAGCAGCAGCAGCUGCCGCCAUUCCUCCCCUCCCGCUCCCGCUCUGCCUGCUCCUCCACUUCUCCCCCAUCCCCGCCUCCCUUUCCUCCUCCUUCUCCCCUGGAGUUGGUGCUCUGAAGGCCGCUGCUUCUUCUCUCGCUGCGUCAUUCUCCAAUCUGUCGCCAGACCUCCGUAGAGCUUUCUACCACAGACAGGUGAAGCUGCUGCAAGAACUGCUGUUGGACGCCACAGGCAAUGCAAAGCCACAGGGCACAGGAAAGGGAGGAGCGGGAGGAGCAGGAGGAGCAGGAGGGGAGGCACAGGGUGGGGAUGAUCGUGCUGAGGUGGCAGCCGCCCUGGAUGCCAUGCUGGCACUUGUAAAGGGUCACGAGUUCAUCACCUCCCCGCCGUCCUUCGAAGCCAAGUGGAGCCGGAAGCUGAGCGAGCUGCGCUGGCUGCUGGUGGGGGGAUUCGCCUGGGGCGGCAGGAGAGGAAACGCAGCAGCACUGGCCGCAGCAGCACUGGCCGCAGCAGCAAGCCACAAUGCUGGCGGUGGUGUGAGGCAAGGGAAGCAGCUACCGGUGCUGCCUGGUGCCUGGUGUCCCACCCGAGCGACCUUCAACGCAUCUCUGUACCAUCAGCUGCUGUCCGCCUGCUGUGACCCCUCCGAUUCAGCCUCUUCCAUCGACCUCCUCUUUGUAACGCCCUGCAAGCUUGGACCCUCUGCCAAAAGUUCGAUGAGGUCCUAUCCUCAUCCCCCGCUCGUCCUCUCUCUCAUUCUUCCUUGCUCUCGCAUCAUGUCCCCUGUUCUCCCCCUCUCCUCCUCCAUCGUCUCCCUCCUCUUCCAGGCUUCAGUUCCAACUCUCCCUCACCCGCUCUCAUCACCGUCGCCAGCUGGCGGUCUGCCAGAUCAGCAGCUGCAGCAGCAGCUUCUGCCAAUCAGAUCUGCUUCCAGCAGCAGUGGCGCGAGUGCAGACGGACUGGCAGCACUGGAAUCGGCUCUUGACUCGUACCUGUGCUGCUGCGACCUGCUGGAAGCAGGCAGGAAGAGGAGCAGCCGAAGACACACGGUGAGUGGGGUUCAUGGGGAGUGGAUGGGAGAAGGGAGGGUGGUGAAGAUAGGGGAAGAGAAAUGGGCAGUCAUUUUUUCAGACCGCCUUGCUUCUGCCCCAGGGGGACCACCGAGCAUGGAGCGAGUGGAGGACGUACUCGAGUUUGUUCACACGUCAGUGCUCUCCUCCUUUGACCGCGCGUGCCUAGAUGCUAUGGCAGCAGCAGCAGCAGCGAAAGCCCAGAAAGACGCACAGGAUCAGCACAAUGACGGAAGCUCCUCCUUCUCUUUCCCAGACUCUUCCACAGACGGGCCUGCUUCGGAUUUCAGAGCAGCAGGGGCGGGCGGAGAGGUGGGAUUGGCUCAAAUGGCUGAGCUGGCGAGUGUGAUUAUAGAGAGGGAGGCUGGGGGAAUGGUUGGGGGGGUUGAAGGGCGAACAGGGAAGGGAGGUGGGAGGGGGAGGGGAGGGGGAGCGGAGGGAGGGGCGGCGAAGGGUGGAUGUGUUGCGGUGUUCAGGCGGUUGGGGGUGUAUGGGACAGCAGCAGUGGCGGCAGCAGCGUUGCAUCAACAGCUUGAUUCACAGCUGGGCCGGUUCCUCGCAGUGGUAUCAGAGCUGCACUGCACCCCGACUGCUGGAAGGAAGGCGACCCGUUCCCUCUCAGUGGUAUCAGAGCUGCACCCUGACUGCUGCAAGGACCCGUUCCUCUCAGUGGUAUCAGAGCUGCACCCCGACUGCUGCAAGGUGUUUUACGCUGUGGAUGCAUUCGACCGGCGCGUGCAGCAGGUGGUGCAGGGGGAGGUGUGGGCGGAGGAGGAGGAGGCGAAGAAGAGAGCAGGAGAGGGGCAUGGGGGAUACGGGCAUGCUUCUCAAAUUGCCAGCGAGCUGAACGCUUACCAGAUUGACCCUGUGAUGAAGCGUCUGUUCUCAGCCUGGGUGUCAGCGCAGCAGCAGAAGCUCCACGUGUGGAUGGAGAGAGGAGUUGAGGCAGAGGUGAGAGAGGGGGAAGGGAGGAAGGAUGAGGGGUGGAGCAGGGUAAAUGCGAGGAGCAGGUGGGGUGGUGUUGCCGGCCUAAUUGCCUAA